GCGGAUCUUUCUUUCUGCGCCGGAAUUUGCCUGUGCGCUGCAUGAUGUGAAUGUCAUUCAAACCAUGAUGGCUAUUAGCUUUCUGUGCCCAUAACUUUCUUUGGCGUCAUGGUAUUUCUCUCUGCUGAGACCGGCCUCAAGGCCGCGGUAGGGGUAUUCUUACUAAGUUGUACCUUUAUCUCGACGUCUUACAAGACUACUUUCGCUUUCGACCACCCUCUCAUCACAGCCGUACUGGCCUGCUACUUUGCGGGGAUCUGUCUUUUAAUUCUGAGCCGAUUCAUCCAUCGCAUACCGAAGAUCGCUUCGUCUGCACCUAAAUACUCCGCCAUUCCUCUCACAGAACGGGACCAAACGCUCGAAGAGCCAUUUUCGCCGAUCAGCUUAGACAGUAACAGCAGUUUUGCGCUCACUCGCUCGCGCAGCUCGGCGCGUUGGAUCAAACUAGGUCUACUCUCGGUGCUUGGAUGCAUCCGAAUUGCUUUGUAUCGCGACCUCACUUUCCACACUGAAUGCGCGCCGGAUGGAUACGCGUAUUCCAUACCUUUCUUAUUGGCCCUCUACGACUAUUGGCACAAUCAACGCAAUCGACCGGUUGCGAAAUGGUCCGCUCCUGAGCGUCCGCAGAAUGCGCAUCUGCGUGCCGUAGCUACCUUUGCCAGUCGCAUGCACAAUUUCCUCUUUCAGAGCCGCCUGAGAUAUGUCAUAGCGGCCUUUUUUCUCCUAACUGGUGGAUACAUCACCAUAACGUUCAGUCAUGGCUUGCAGUCAACAUACAUCUGCCCCAAUACUUCUAGUGUAUAUACGCGCAUGCGUGUCUUCACGAUCUUCAGCCUCAUUCUCGACUCGUUGAUCUUAAUCGGCGCGGCUGAACUGGCGAGUGAAGGAUCCCGGUCGGGGGACACCAUCAGGAAGCCGCCUUUGGCUUCCUGGGCCUAUAGCCUACUGGGAGUGGCUAUCUUUUAUACCAUCGUUGUUAUCAUUCUCGUCGCUACUUCCGACGGCGACGACCGCUUCAUCAGUGCUCAAUACCUACGCAGUGCGGUGGGUCAAGCAGUGCUGGUGACUUGUGUGGUCGCUGCGGCGUCCCAAUUGAUCCCGUACUAUGGUAUCGCUGGGCUGGCUGUGCUGGCGGGCUUCGUCACGCUCUACUUCACUUGGGCGUCCACUCUGUUCAACGGACAACAUCCAUUUCCAUUGAUUUUCGCCUCCCGCGCCUUCGCGGCUCUUUUCUUCAUCUUUGCGGGAGCCGUAGCCUUUCUUUAUGCUCGAACUGCUUCAGAAGAUGAAGCGCAAUUCCUAUAUCGAUUCAACCUGGCUAUGCGAAUUACUUUCGCUUUUCUUACUGUAAUCGGCCUCGUCCUGGUGCACCAGCAGCAUAGCGCCGCGCAUCUGCAUCCUAUUGAUCUGCUUGUGUACGACGGGAGACAGCACCAUGAUCAAUGGCUUGCGCGGGCCAACAGCAGUCAAACUCUCGCCGAUGCUGUUAGGAAGUACCGCGCCCAAUACAAUCAACAUCCACCACCGAAUUUUGAUAAGUGGUACGAAUAUGCUGUCAACCGAUCUUCCCUAGUCAUGGACGAGUUCGACCAAAUAUAUGCCGACCUUCUACCCUUCCGCGCAUUGCCGCCUGCGCAGAUCCGGGACAUGACGCAAAAGCUGGCGACAAACCCUUACAAUGAGAUCGGUGCGAUCAGCAUCCGUAACGGCAAAGCUCGAGUACAGGAAGGGAUCAAGCCCACGCAUGCGUGGAUGGUAAUUAGCGCUUCCAAGAUGAUCGAGAAGUUUGCCGAGUUCCUCCCGGAUAUGGAUCUCGCAUUCAACCUGAACGAUGAGCCUCGGGUUUCUGUUCCCUGGGAGAAGGUUUCGGUACUCCGGCACCAAGCGAGAUCUUACGGUUUACCACCGGAGGACAGCAUCCAAACCGAAUGGUCGACUGAUCGCGGUGCUCAGUGGGGACCAAUCGAGCCGGCCGACCAGACGACAGAAACCAUGUUCGUUGACAACUCCUUUAAGCAUAUCUUCGAUCGCUACGUGAGCUCCACCUGCCCACGCUCCUCCAAAGCUCGCAGUCAGCGCAUCUGGGACCGGCGACACAUCUGCCUCAGCUGCGUUCGUCCCCACUCGCUGGGAGAGUUUCCGUCCGACUGGACCGCUGCGACAGACAUCUGCCACCAGCCCGACCUUGCCUCUCUGCACGGGUUCUUCCUGUCCCCAGCAUCCUUCAAAGUCACACAAGACUUGACCCCCGUCUUCAGCCAGAGCACAAUCGCCGGCUUCAACGACAUUAUUUUCCCCAGUCCUUGGAACUACGUCGACAAGAUUGAAUACAAGCCAUCAGAAGAACACCCCGAUGCAAACUACACCGACAAAACCAACACACUCUUCUGGAUCGGCAGCACAUCCGAAGGCGUCAGCAACCACGGCGAAUGGAAAGGCAUACCACGCCAACGCCUCGCCCACCUCGUGAACAACAACACACUGAACAGCGUCUCCGUCUUUCUCCCCACCAACGAAACAGACACGUACAUGUAUGAAGUCCUUAACGGCCGCGCCCCCUCCGACAUCCUCCAUCUCGACACCUCCGUCAACGUCAUCGACCCCAUCGUCCGCUGCCGCAGAGAAGACUGCGACGACCAAAGCAAAGAACUCGGCGCGGCCUCCCGCGUCGACUUCCAAUCCCAUUGGCAAUAUCGCUACUUGUUCGACUCGGACGGUGCCGGCUUCAGUGGCCGCUUCCUCCCCUUCAUGCAGAGUCACAGUCUCCCAUUCAAGACCGGUCUGUUCCGUCAAUGGUUCGACUCACGUAUCACCCCCUGGCUGCACUUUGUGCCGAUCGAUCUUCGUCUGCACGGAUUAUGGAGCACCCUGGCGUACUUUGCCGGCGUGGACACGACUCUCACGGUAAAUGGCGCCACAAGGCACGUCCACAUGCCGCCGCACGAUAUCGAGGGGACUUGGAUUGCCGAGGAGGGGCGAAAAUGGGCCAACCGAGUGAUUCGCAAGGAAGAUAUGGAGAUUUACUUCUUCCGGUUAUUGCUAGAAUGGGGACGGAUAACUGAUGACCAGCGAGAUGUGUUGGGAUAUCGACUUGACAUGUAAUGAUUAUG